AUGUCGAGCAACGCCGCCCCCAAAAAGCGCGCAACGUGCCCAGUCUGUAACAUCGUCACUCUCAAGACCGGCAUGAGUAAGCACUUGCAGCGGAAGCAUCCCCACCAGUGGGUGAAACUGGGAAAAGGGAGGUCAAUCAAGUACUACGACUGCAACAUUCCGGGCUGCGAAGGACUCCGCGGAAACACUCUGCGAGAUGUUUACGACGACCACAUGAGCAUAUUCCAUGGUAUUGACUGCCCGAGGAUGAAGCGCACGACGAACUUCACCUACCUGCAUCGAAAGCAUAAAGAAAUCCUUCAGCGGCAUAUUGUGCAGGAGGCCACAGAGCUCAAUGAGCUAAACGACAGGCUCCAGCUCCUCGAGCGCUGCCUGGCUGUCGACCCACCUAACGAGCCCUACAAAAGCUGUCACGGCUUCGACAUCUUCACCACCUUCCAGACGAAUGAACUCUUCCUCCCUCGUACCAAGACAGAUUUGGCCUUGUACCUUCAGCGUCUACGCACUGCCAGGCACCAGAAGGGGUCGCUUUACACCAAGCCUGGUGUAAUGGACACUCGAGAUGGUGUCCUCGACGACCUGGAGAAGCUAUUGGAUUAG